AUGUCCUGUCUGAGUGCUACCGCUGGGGCGUUGCCACCUGACUAUGUGGAUGCCAGCCCUGGUGCCACCCUGGAGAAGCAGGCGUCUGUGGAUGCACACGGCAACUUCGACCCCAAACCCAUCAACACUGCCAAUAUCUCCCUUCCAGAGAAACUGGACUACAUUGCCAACAAGUUUGCAGAGCAUUCCCACGUCAAGUGGUCCUCAGAGAAGGUGACAGCGGGUUGGAAAAUGGGAGAGAGUAUGGAUGACAAGGCUAAAACUCACCCACUGCUGAAGCCGUAUAAAUUACUCAGUGAGAAGGAGAGAGAAACAUACCGCUGGCCAGUGAAGGAGUCUUUAAAGAGCAUGCUGGCAAUGGGUUGGAACAUGGAGAGGACCAAAGAGGGAGAGGCCAUGUUCACCGAGAAACAAAGCAAGGUCUCCGAGGCCACUCAGGACAACGAUAACGAAUUCAUCCUGGAACCACCCUUGGACCUGAACAAUAUUACUCUAUCCAGAGAGUUGCAGGGGAUGGUGGAGGUUGUAGCAGAGAACUACCACAACAUCUGGGCUAAGAAGAAGAAGACUGAGCUGAACAGUAAAGGAGGAGGAAGCCACCCGUUGCUGGUGCCCUAUGACACCCUGACAGCCAAGGAGAAGUACAGAGACAGGGAGAAGGCCCAGGAUCUCUUUAAGUUCCUGCAGAUCAAUGGAUAUAUCAUCACCAG